UCCACCCUUUGUGACCAAUACUCUCAUGGAGAGAACAAGUUGGGUGACCAGUGAAACUAAGGGAAUGAAGAGGGCUUGAGAAAUAGAAGCUUUUGAGGUUUUGCGAUGCAAUAAGGUUGUCUCUUCAAGGCUGCAGUAUGCCCUCUGAAAAAGUGGUAUUUUCCAGUCUGCUCGUCCUUGUCAUUGCAGUGAUAUGCAUCUAUGCUUAUAUGGAUGAACUCAUCGACCCCGGCAGAAUUCCAAAUGCUUUGCAAAGGUUCAAAUCCUCUACGAAAGCAAAUGAAUCCUUCACCAUGAUCAUGCCUACUUUUGAUCGAACAGAACUUCUCUUUGAUCUGCUUAAACACUACCAGGCAGUACCUUAUCUUAAACAGAUUAUAAUUGUAUGGCAAAAUAUUGGACAGAAGCCACCGCUGGAGUUGUGGGAGUCUCUUGGCCCCCACCUCGUCCCGGUACUCUUUAAGGAGCAAACCCGGAAUCUGUUGAGAAACCGGUUUCUGCCAUUUCCACAGAUUGAUACAAAAGCUGUGCUAACGCUGGAUGACGACUUGCAGAUCAGUAUUCCCGACAUAAAUUUCGCCUUCUCUGUUUGGACGCAACAUCAAGACCAAAUGGUGGGUUUCGUGGCACGCACACAUACUGCCGAACCCAAAGGUGGAUAUACAGUCUCUGAGCCUAAAACAAAGAGAUACUCCUUGGUUCUGACUGGCGCUACCUUCUUCCACCGGCGCUACCUGCAGCUCUACCAAUACCAAGCUAGCCGGCUGCACAUUCUGGUGGAUAGCAUUAAGAACUGUGAGGACAUCGCCAUGAACUGUCUGGUGUCCCUCUGGCUGCUGCAGCGCUACGGCCCAGACGCCCCACCUGCAGCCGUCCAUGUGAAGCCUCUGAACAUGCAGUGGCUGGAGAUGAAGACCAAGAGAGCCAAGAAAGGGAGAGGGAACAUUGGGCUGUCACGCAGGCCAGGGUACUAUCAGCAGCGAGGCUACUGCCUGAACGAGUUCGUGAAGAUCUGGAACGGGACAAUGCCCUUGCGCUACAACAACAUCACCCUGACCCUGCCUCGUCAAAAACAUAAACAGGUCAUAAUUUCAAAUGCCAAAACAUGGAUAUGGAAGAAACGAGACAGGAAAUGAAAUGAAGAACUCCUUCUGAGGGUUUCAAUGGCAUAGUUACUCUAAUGUCCAAACCAGAAGGAUAUCUGCAUGUGUUAUUAGGCCACUGAUUAUUGAGAAAGUGGCUAAAACAGGUUGUAAUCUUGAAAGAAAAAAACGAAGUGAAUUACAAAAUAAUAUGGUAUAUCCUCGUAGACAAAGG